AUGGCUGAAAGCUAUCAACAUUCAGGAGAAACUGUUUGUCGUCAGUUUGGUAGAGUGCUAGAUGCAUUGUGUUAUUUAGGAAAUGAAGUAAUAAGGUCUCUUGACUUUAACACUGUGCAAGCAGAAAUUCAAAAUAAUUCAAAGUAUUUCCCAUGGUUUAAGGAUUGUGUUGGAGCAAUUGAUGGUACUCAUGUAAUUGCAGUUGCACCAACUCUAAAACAACUUGCAUUUAGAGGAAGAAAAGUAGAUGUAACACAAAAUGUAAUGGUUGCAUGCUCCUUUAAUAUGAUGUUUACUUAUGUCUAUGCUGGAUGGGAAGGAACUGCUAAUGAUUCCCGAGUGCUUCUUGAUGCAAUGAGAAAAGAUGAUAACUUCCCUAUGCCACCACAAGGAAAAUACUAUGUUGUUGAUUCUGGUUAUCCAAAUAUGCCUGGGUUUCUAGCACCAUAUCAUGGUGAACGUUAUCACUUGCGUCGUUUUAGAGGAAGAGAGAACCAUCCUAGAGGUGCGAUGGAGUUAUUCAAUUAUAGACACUCAUCAUUGCGUAAUGUGAUUGAAUGUUGUUUUGGACUUCUAAAAGCUAGGUUUCCAAUUUUGAAGUCAAUCCCUCCAUACUUGCUUGGAAAGCAACGUCGAAUGCCAAUAGCAUGUUGUGCUAUCCACAACUGGAUUAGAAUGCAUUCUAUUAAUGAUGAAAUGUUUGAACAAUAUUCAGUUGAUGCCAGACCUAUAAAAGAUAUUGAAGGAACUGAAAGCCAAUCUAAUACAACAAUUGAAAACCAACAAGAAGGAGAUGAAGCAGGAAUUUCUGAGACACCAGAGUUGAAUUUCAGUCAAGCUUAUAUGGCCUAG